GUCCAAUCACUCUCUACUUCCGCCCUGUGCGUUCCACCUUACUACCGCCCUGUGCGUUCCACCUUACUCCAGGUCACUGCAUUCCGUUCCACACAUAGGAUGCCUCUCACUGUGUCCGUAGAGAUCAGGGAGACCUGCUGGCAACAGACUCCCUGCUUCGUGGGACUGAGGGGAGAGAAGCAGACCUACUUCUAAUGAGUUAAAGGCUCUGCUUCUUAGGCUACUGGACACCAUUAGCUCCAGAGGGUCUGAUCGCUAGCCGUGCUAGAUGCUCGUUCCCGCAGCCGUGCCGUCAACCCCCCUUGCAGAGCCAGAAGAAAGUAGCCGGGUUACACUGUAGUGAAGAAGACAUCCAAUGAGUGUGAGACACCCAGCAGCUGUCCCCAUGUGUCAGAAGGACUGAGCAGGAUCCAGAGGCCCAUCACGGUGCCUCCACCUCACUCACUGAUACAUGAGAGACCUAAUGUCUAGAAGAUCCUGGAACUCACCAACAAGAUCAUUCAGCUGCUGACUGGAGAGGAGGGGAAGUAUAUAGAGGAACACAGGGGUCUGUACAAGGACGUGAUGAUGGAGAAUCACCGGCCCCUCACAUCACUGGGUAAGAGGAGGCUGUCAUGUAUUCAACAGGGGAGAGCAGAUGGUCCCAGUAACAGAGAUACCCCAGAGAGAUGUCCCCGUCCUCUAUAUUCCCAGGAUUGUACAGAGGAGAAUCACAGGAUCCCACAGGAAGAUACGGUAGAACGUCUGUCUGAUAUUAAAGCUGAAGAUAUAGAGGGAGAAGAAGAGACGUGUGUGACUGAUGUAAAGGCAAAAGAUAUAGAUGGAGAAGAAGAGACGCAUGUGACUGAUAUGAAGGCAGAAGAUAUAGAGGGAGAAGAAGAGACGCAUGUGACUGAUAUGAAGGCAGAAGAUAUAGAGGGAGAAGAAGAGACGUGUAUUAGGGGUGAUCAGCAGUGUAAGGAGGAGGAGAUCCCUACAGAUAUCAGCGCAGCAGAUGGACACACAAGCAGGAAUAUCUCAGAAGGACAUCUAAGGUUAUCCCCGGAUUGUGAAAUGAAAGAUAAUGACAGGAGACAGGAUUCUUCAGGAGCUAAUCCCAUUACCCCAAUUAUACAUCCGUCUCUAUCAGCUGAUCCCCCUGAUAUUGGUGCAUCUGUUACCACUCUGACAGUAGAUACAGUGUUUCCCUGUUCUAUAGAUGCCAAAUGUUUUACACAUAACAUAAAGCCUAUUAACCCACAGACAGGUAAAGCAGGUGAGAAUCCAUUCCCAUGUUCUGGGAAAUAUUUUACAUACAAAUCAGACCUUGUUACACAUCAGCGAAGUCACACAGGUGAGAAGCCAUUUCCAUGUUCUGAGUGUAGGAAAUGUUUUGCACACAAAUCAGAUCUUGUUAAACAUCAGAGAAGUCACACAGGUGAGAAUCUAUUUUCUUGCUCUCAGUGUGGGAAAUGUUUUCCAAAGAAAUCACAUCUUGUUAAACAUCAGCGAAGUCAUACAGGUGAGAAUCCAUUUCCAUGUUCUGAGUGUGGGAAAUGUUUUACAUACAAAUCAGAUUUUGUUAUACAUCAGAGAAGUCACACAGGUGAGAAGCCAUUUUCUUGCUCUGAGUGUGGGAAAUGUUUUACUCAGAAAUCACAUCUUGUUACACAUCAGAGACGUCACACAGGUGAGAAUCCAUUUCCAUGUUCUGAGUGUGGGAAAUGUUUUGCACACAAAUCAGAUCUUGUUAGACAUAACAGAAGUCACACAGGUGAAAUGCAAUUUUCUUGUUCUGAGUGUGGGAAAUGUUGUUUAAGUAGAUCACAUCUUGUUAUACAUCACAGAAGUCACACAGGUGAGAAGCCAUUUUCUUGCUCUGAGUGUGGGAAAUGUUAUACACGGAAAUCACAACUUGUUAUGCAUCAGCGAAGUCACACAGGCGAGAAGCCAUUUCCAUGUUCUGAGUGUGAGAAAUGUUUUGCACACAAAUCAGAUCUUAUUAAACAUGAGAGAAGUCACACAGGUGCGAAGCCGUUUUCUUGCUGUGAGUGUGGGAAAUGUUUUACAUACAAAUGGUCUCUUGUUAGACAUCAGAGAGGUCACACAGGUGAGAGGCCAUUUCCAUGUUCUGAGUGUGAGAAAUGUUUUGCACGGAAAUCACAUCUUGUUACGCAUCAGCAAAGUCACACAGGUGAGAAGCCAUUUCCAUGUUCUGAAUGUGGGAAAUGUUUUGUACGGAAAUCACAUCUUGGUAUACAUCAGAGAAGUCACACAGGUGAGAAUCCAUUUUCUUGCUCUCAGUGUGGGAAAUGUUUUACCUGGAAAUCACAUCUUCUUAAACAUCAAAAGUCACACGGGUGAUUAACCUUUUCCAUGUUCUGAGUGUGGGAAAUGUUUUGCAUGGAAAUCACAUCUUGUUACACAUCAGCAAAGUCACACAGGUGAGAAGCCAUUUCCAUGUUCUGAAUGUGGGAAAUGUUUUGUAUGGAAAUCACAUCUUGGUAUACAUCAGAGAAGUCACACAGGAGAGAAUCUAAUUUCUUGCUCUGAGUGUAGGAAAUGUUUUACACGGAAAUCAGCUCUUAUUACACAUCAGCGAAGUCUCCCAGGUGAGAAGCCAUUUCCAUGUUCUGAGUGCGGGAAAUGUAUUGCACACAAAUCAGAUCUUGUUAGACAUAACAGUCAAGUCACACAGGUGAGAAGCCAUUUUCUAGCUCUGAGGGAAAUGCUGUUUAAGUAAAUCACAUCUUACACAUCAGUGAAGUCACACAGAUGAGAAGCCAUGUUCUUGCUCUGAGUGCUGUAAAUGUUUUAUACAGAAAUCGCAACUUGUUACACAUCAGCGAAGUUACACAGGUGAGAGGCCAUUUCCAUGUUCUGAGUGCAGGAAAUGUUUUAUACAGAAAUCACAACUUGUUACACAUCAGCGAAGUCACACAUGUGUGAGGCCAUUUCCAUACUCUGAGAAAUAAAUCAGCUCCUGUUGCACACAAUAGACAUCACUCAGGUGAGGAACCAUUUUAAUCUUCUGGAGUAUACUUAUCAUUGCCAUGCUUUGUUCUUCAAUGUUCUUAUCCUAUCUCCUAUGCUUUUUUGCAACAUACAUGCUACAGCUUGGUGAAAUAAUCAGAUGUCAUGCCCUCAUCUACCACUGCUAUGCAGAUGACCGGUCUUUUACUCCAUGUACUCAGAACCUAAUACCAUUUCUAAAUGGUUGUCUAGCUGAGCUCUAGGUGUGGGUGUUGCCAGUUGGCUGGUACUCAAUCCUGGUGAAACAGGUCUUUAUGAUAGAAGCUCACCAACAAAGGUCAGGGCUACAGCUCAGCUUUGCAAACCAACCAGACUUACGGUUGGAGGUUAAGAGUUACAAAAUGCUGAUCCUGUGAGGAAUCUUGGUGUCCUGGAUGGUGGAGUGACACUUAGACAUCAGGUAUCAGCCACAAUCAGAUCCUCAUCUGCGGCACAUAGCCAGACUCCAGCACUUAUUUCCCUCAGAAGAUCUACAUGAAGUCAUACAUGCACUUGUAUCAUCACGCAUAGACUACUGCAAUGUCCUCUACGUGGGCCUCCCAGCAAAUUACUUGAACCAUUUGCAGAUGGUACAGAAUGCAGCAGCCAAGCUGUUACCUAACCAGCCCAUUCCUGCCACAUAACACCCAUUCUCUGCUCCCUCCACCAGCUGCCUGUAAGAUGGUGACUCUAAUACAUAAUCUUACUGACUCUCAGCCCUACAUGACCAGGCUCCAUGGUACCAGAAUCAGCUUCUGCCUCCUUACUGCCCUGGUUACUUCCACCUGCAGAUGAAGGAUUGUUACCAGCAGUACCAAGAAUCCCCAAGAUGUCGGGGGAGACAGGGUGGGUGGCAUUAUUGCUGUAGCAGGGGCUGCUGGAGGCACUGUGGGUAAUAUUGUCCCCAAGGUGCACUGAGGUGGCAGAGGGGGGGGGGGUACGACGACACAGGAUCGCUGGCAAUAGUGGGGACUGCAGGAGGCAGUGUCUGAGAAUUUUGUCCUCAAGCAGCGCUAAGG